UUUACCUGUUAGUUAUUCGCAGCUCUUUGCCAGCUUUUUAUCAAUCCAGACGCUGGUUGCACUUCACCUCAAACAUAAUCCUCUGUGGUGUGGGGUGUGUCCCAGUCCAAAUCAGGGGCAGCUGGAUAUGAAGACAUUUUUCAUUUUCAAUAUGUCUUUAAGGACCUUGGAAUCAAGAGGUGAUAAUUAGAUCCUUUUUUUUUAAACUUCUCAAGCCAUUUGGAUUACCUGAUGAUAUUUUUUCCCAGUAAAAGGAUAAGUACUUCUGUAUACUUGUGUAUACUUAAUCCACCUGGAGUUUGGAUGGUACUACUCAGCGACAGGCUCCAACGUCGACAUGGCUCCUACAGGAUGUAGAGAAAUUGCUCCAGUGAUGGCUCAGGGUCAUCUCGUCGCCUGUGCCAAGGCCUGCUGAGUGUCAAGGGAGACAGUCCUAUUCACCAAGACACAGCCCCUGUCACACGUAUCACCAGAAACUCUCUCUAAAGCGUCAGAAUAGCUCUGUGUGGAAAAUGGCAAGUCACAGAGACCCUCGCUUUCUGCACAACCUGUCCUACCACCCGCGAUGGCAGCACGACUCAAUAAAACUGAAGAGAAAAAGACUCGCUCGAACAGUGGCUUCCAACAGUUACAGUAGACAUAGUCUCUUUAAAUCAAUAGCAGCUUCAUCAUCUAAACCACAGUUGCCAUCGAAUCCUGUGCAACGCUCCAGGGGCUGGUUCGGGGUCAGGCUUUUACUGCCCUUCCUCAUGCUCACAUUCCUGCCCUGUCAAGCCUGGGCGACCACUUUCAAGGUGGCUCUGGUUGGACCCUGGACGUGUGACCUCCUAUACUCUAAGUCUCUCCCAGACUUGGCCGCCCGCCUCGCUACCGCCCGCAUAAACAAGGACCCCUACCUCAACAAAGGCUACUGGUAUGACUACACGCUGGUCAAUGAGGACUGCAAGUCUUCCCGUGCGCUGGCUCGCUUUGCUGAGCUGAACGGUUAUGGUGCUGCUUUCCUUGGACCCGCCAACCCCGGCUACUGCUCCUCGGCUGCUUUGUACACCAGACAGUGGGAUAUUGGGAUUCUCUCCUGGGGUUGCCUGAAACCCAACAUGAAUAAAUUGGGCAUGUAUUCCAGCUUCCAGCGCCCGCUGCCCCUGUCCUCCCGCGUGCUUUUCAACGUGCUGCGGUUCUUCAGUUGGGCUCAUGUGGCUGUAAUCUCAGAGGAGACCGAUAUAUGGGAAGCCACAGGACUGGAGCUGGCCUCGUCACUGAGGGCCCUUGGCCUGCCUGUCAACCCGGUGGUCACUAUGUACUCCGACAAGGAAGGGCCGCGGAGGGCGCUGACAAAAGUACGGGAAGCAGACAGGGUCAGAGUGGUCAUUAUGUGCAUGCCUUCUGUCCUGAUUGGCGGUCAAGCCCAGUACCAGCUCCUGACGACAGCACUGGACAUGCGUAUGAUCGACCGCGGUUACGUGUUCAUUCCCUACGACACCCUCCUCUACUCGCUACCCUACAAUGGGGCUCCCCACUAUAUGCUGGGCAAUGACACCAAGCUGCGGAAAGCCUAUGACGGGGUCCUCACCAUUACCAUGGACUCUGGGAAACGCAACUUCUACGAGGCCUUCAAAGACGCUCAGGACAGCCAUGAAAUCCGAAGCACCUCCAAACCAGAGCAGGUUUCUCCAUUCUUUGGCACCAUCUACAACAUGAUGUACUUCACAGCAAUGGCCGCUGAGCAGGCCCGGGCUAAAGGAGGCCGCUGGGUCACCGGUCAGAUCCUGGGGGAAAGCAAGGGCGGCUUUGAAUUUGAAGGCUUCAAUCAGCAUCUGGAGGCCAACAGUGAAGGUGAAGGCAUGCAAGCUCGCUAUGUAGUGCUGGACUACAGUGGCAUUGGCAACUCUCUCUACUCAACUCAUGUGAUGGAGGCCGCUCAUACGUACAGUGGGGUCGGGAGCUUGAAAUACCUCGGCCGUUCGAUCCAUUUUGCAGGAAGCACGCCCUACACUGACUCCAGCUGCUGGUUCAGCCCCUACUUUGCCUGUACUGGAGGCAUGGAUACAAUCACAGUGUUCUUUACUCUCCUCGUGUUUGUUGCAAUAAUUGGAUGUGGAAUUAACUUAUUCAUUCAAUUCAAAAAAAAUGGCAGGAUCGGGUUCAGCUUUGGAGUUGGUGGUGGUAGUGGUGCUGGCGGUGGAUCACCGAAGGUCAUCCUGACUCUGGACGACCUGAUCUUCAUCAACACUCAACUCAGCAAACGGAGGAUCAAUGAUGAAAGCAUCCUGAAGAGCCAGCUCGACAUGAGGACGCCUCAACACUCCGUCUCCGGUCGCAGCUACAUGGCAACCUCUCCGGACAGCUCCAAUGUCGCCGUGUUUGAGGGUGACUGGGUUUGGUUGAAGAAGUCGCCCAAUGGAGCUGUAUCGAGUGUCAACGGAAACACUGAGCAUAUCUUCGUAAAGCUCAGAGACAUGAGGCACGAGAACCUCAAUCUGUUCCUGGGACUGUUCUUCGACUCCGGGAUCUUUGCUAUUGUGACCGAGCAUUGCUCCAGGGGCAGCUUGGAGGAUCUGCUCAACAACGAGGAAGUGCGUCUCGACUGGAUGUUCAAGUCUUCCCUGUUGAUGGAUCUGAUUCGGGCGAUGAAGUACCUGCACAAUCGGGACAUCAUCCACGGGCGACUGAAAUCCCGUAACUGUCUGGUAGAUGGCCGCUUCGUAUUGAAGGUGACAGAUUAUGGGUUCAAUGAAAUUGUGAAUGCCCAAGGCUUUGACCACGGAGAGGAGAGUAAUGAGAAUCUGCUUUGGACGGCUCCUGAGCUGCUGAGAAAUCCCACUCUAAGAAAAAGGGGAACUUUCUCAGGAGACGUGUACAGCUUCUCCAUCAUCGGGCAGGAGGUCAUCUCUCGCUCCGCACCUUUCUGCAUGCUAGACAUGCCUCCCAAGGAGAUUAUAAGCAAGCUCAAAGAGCCUCCUCCUUUGUGUCGGCCUGUCAUAUCACUGGACGAAGCCCCGCUGGAAGUGAUACAGAUUUUGAAACAGUCCUGGAGUGAAGAGCCAGUGAAAAGGCCGACCUUUGAGGAGAUCUUCAAACACUUCAAGAACAUCACGAAGGGUAAGAAGACCAACAUUAUCGACUCUAUGCUGCGAAUGUUGGAGCAGUACUCCUCCAACCUGGAGGAUCUGAUCAGAGAGAGGACGGAGGAGCUGGAGGUGGAGAGGCAGAAGACCGACAAGCUGGUGGCUCAGAUGUUGCCCAAGUCCGUGGCCCAGGCGCUGAAGACGGGCAAGCCUGUCAAACCCGAGCACUUCAGCGAGGUCACGCUGUACUUCAGCGACAUCGUGGGCUUCACCACCAUCUCCGCUCUCAGCGACCCCAUCGAGGUGGUCGACUUGCUCAACGACCUCUACACACUCUUUGAUGCCAUCAUUGGACUGCACGAUGUCUACAAGGUGGAAACUAUCGGAGAUGCCUACAUGGUGGCGUCAGGAGUUCCCAACAGGAACGGCAACCGUCACGCAGCUGAGAUGGCCAACAUGUCUCUGGACAUCCUCCACUGCAUCGGGACCUUCAAGAUGAGGCACAUGCCUGAUCUGAAGGUCAGGAUCCGUGUCGGCCUGCACUCAGGCCCAGUGGUAGCUGGAGUAGUGGGUCUCACGAUGCCUCGGUACUGCCUGUUUGGAGACACUGUCAACACAGCAUCUCGAAUGGAGUCCACAUCGUUGCCUUACAGGAUCCAUGUCAACCAAAGCACAGUCAAUGUCCUGAACAACUUGAAUCUGGGAUACAAAAUCGCAUGCAGAGGCAUGACAGAACUAAAGGGAAAAGGGAUUGAGAACACGUUUUGGCUGGUAGGGAGGGAGGACUUCGACAAGCCUCUGCCUAUUCCUCCAGACCUUCCUGGGGGCAUGAGUACUGCUAUCACUUUAGAGGAGAUUCCUCCAGACAGAAGACAGAAGUUCCUGGAUCGACAGAAGAAAAUGACCUAGGCUGGUGUUUCAUUUAUUUAUUUUUUUACAAACGUCCCAGAAUGAAAAGUGAUAUCUUGUAGCUCAGCAUUGUUUUUCCAGUUAAGCUACACACGGAGAGGUGUGAAGGAAAAAGAAGACCCUGCAACAACCACAAGCUACAAUGAAAUCCACACCUUUUCUGGAAAUCAUUUCUGUGCUAAAGAUAAUCUUAAUUGUAGAAGUGCCAGCUGUCCAUAUCAUGUAAGUUCAACAUCCUGCAAAAUAUGCAUACUGAGGUUGAGUUGCAGAUCCAUAAAGUGUUGGUUUAGACCUCAGUAAAGGGAUUUGUGAUUGAUAUGUUUACAAAAGUAAUCACCGAUUCAUGUGUAAAAUCCCAGUGUACUUCAUGUACUGCGAGGGUUUGUGCUUUGUAGAGAUAUUGGAUCCUAAACCCACCACCUAUUCAUCUCUGAUAUAAUAGAGCACUCACUUUAGAAGCAUUAGCUUUUUAAAAAACUACAUUAAAGCAUUUGCACAGUGAUUUAGACAACGGUUAGUUCAGUGAGGGUCGAGAGCAGGUUUUAAUUUAGCUUUAGUGUAUUAUCACUGUAGUCAUUUAAUAACACAACAUAUUUUUUAUGACUGGCUCUUUAAACACGUUAUCUCAUUCCUGCAAAAAAGCCUAUUGGAUCAAUUAGACUGAUAUAUAUGUGUCAUUUUAAGCAUGUCUACUAACAAAACCUUAGUUUAGAUGACUUGUUUCAAUGCUAACUGUAAAGAUGCAUCGGGGGAUUAAUCUUGGGUCUGCAAAGCUUGAAAACAUCCAACAUUUAAUGACGCAUUGACCUUAAAAAUAUCCACAUCAUAUUCCAAACAUUGAUUUACGAGGUGCACCACUAUGUUUCUCCUCUUCAUGAUGUCACAGAGCUACAUACACGGCAUUGCUUUUUAAUGAUGUUUGUAUUGCUUUAACCAUCAUGCUGACUGAAUCAAAGGAGACACAACAUCCAAACAAGACCCAGACUCCUGCUCUCUAAUGCAUUUCACAAUAGCUUCGUCUACAUGUAGCCUAUUACUGAAACAUGCUGCCUGCAUUCCUGACUGUACUGUACCGCUGUGUGUGUAACGGGGUCUGAGUGGGACAGACCUGAUUUCUGUGACUCACAGUAUAUAUCUGCUCUGCACUGAUAUGCAGAGAGUCAAUGGGCUGAAAUGAUUAUCUCCAAUAAUGUGCUUCAGCAGAUUGAGCCUUCUCAUGUGUAUCGCUUUGGGAAAAUGUACGGCCGUGUCUGAGUUUUUCAGCCAUUACUUUUUUCUUUCCGGGACCCCAAGCUGUACCCGAACGUCCUCUGAGAACAAAUGUUCCCUAAGUUUCUCCCAUGCCCAACCCCGGGCGAUUUUAAAGAACAUAUGGGGGGUGCAGGCGUAUAAAAAGUGGAAGGACAGAGUCUUCUGAGUCAUUCCUCUUUGGCUCAGGGAUGUGUAUAUACUGUAAAUUUGUACAUAGUUAGUUUGUCUUUGUGUCCUGCAGGGUUAGGGACUUUUUAGUGGAGUUUCAUUUCUGCUUUGGUUCCCUAAACCCCUGACACAAAGGGAGAUAUGAACAGAACAUAAAGGUUUAAUCACAGUGCAAGGACAUUGCAAGCAACUGCAUUGUUCACUCACUCUGUGUUGGCUUGCUAAUUGUCUGCCGCAGCACUGAUAUUAAAGCAACAAUAGGCAGGCAAUGUUAGAAUGAGAUUUAUCUCCGACUACAGCUUCAGUCUGCGGCAUUUUUUAUCCUGGGAAACUUACUUUUUGACAACUUUUAACAUAGACAACAUUUAAAAAAUCAUACGACUUGAUUGUCAGGCUUCUUGUGGUGAAGUAUUUCACACCAUUCCAUGUUUAGCGCUGGCUCUUCAGGAUUAAUCAAACUUUUGCCGAAGAUGAUUCAGAGUCCAGAUAAGGAACAUUAUCCGGAUGAUUCUUUGACGGUAUCCAAAGAACAAACUUAGUUAUUCUAUAUAGCUAGAACCUAGAUAUCUAAUCAAUUUGCCAAAUAGACUGAUCUCAUCCAAGUUGAACGGACUGUGUUGUUCAUUCUGAAAGUG